AUGUAUCCGGACUUCAGCGACGACGAACCUCCUCAGACGGAGGUGAACCCUGCGAAACGGCCCAGGCAGCCAACUACCGAGUCGAAUGCAAGCACCUCCCGUCCCCACAAGAGACCCUCGAUCACAGAGGCUUCCCCCAUCAUGAAUGCCGACGUGGCCCUCUUCGCUCAACAAUCGGAGCCUGAGGUUGUCGAGGUGCAGGCACCCGGCAAGGCCAAAGCCAUGCCCGACAAGGGCAAGGCUCGCGCGGUCUCUCCUGCGAGGCGCGCAGAGGUGAUGCCCCCACCUCCCGUUCCGAAACGGGGAAGAAAGGGACGUCCUCGCAAGGAUGCCGCACCCGUCACGCCUGCCUCCAAGGCCUCCAAGGCCACUCUGAUGAGCGGCGUCACCAAGCGGGUUGGGGGGGGCAGGGUUGUCGCGACAUUUGACCAUUGUGUAAUGCGCGAAAACCUUCGCCUUGCCAUCCAUACGGGCGAUGUCAUCUAUGCCCGUAACCUCGCAAAGUGGGCACAGAUGGUUGGCGUCUCCGCGGUGCACACCUCCUUCCCCCCGCCAUUUGCCACUCGCUAUUUUCAAGACCCCACGCGUGCCUCCCUCGACGCUGCCUACCACCACGUCAUGCAGCUUGCCGGUAUCCCGAUCCCCAUGUCUCUUCCACCCGACAGCGACACGGGCGAAGUUGACGAUAUGGCCAAUCCGAACACCGCCUCAGAGGAUGAGGAAGAUGAUGAUGAGCCAUUGCUGUUCGCUGAGUAA